GUAUACGUAGGUUCUAAGAAUCAAUUCAAACUUGACUGACGGUAGCAGGUUUGAAAGUUGGCCCUCUUUGUCACGGAUGCUCAUUAUAAAAUGGAGAUCCCAUCGCCAUCUACAGCGCCAGUGGUUCCACACGGAGAUAUAAACGAGCAGUCGGAUCUUGAAGAAAGCAUCGAAGGGACUAUAGCUAAGGAGGAUUGUACAGAACCACCAGGGGAGAGAGCGCCAAAUGAUGUCGAAGAUAAACCCCCAAACUUAUGUUCUGUUGAGUUAAAACAAGCUGGGUCAGGAGACUGCACCGACUUUGCGGCGUCUGUGCCUGUUGAUGACAAUCAAUCUUUGGCAGAAAGUCAUGUAGAUGAGGCCUUCCUCAGUGAUGAGAAAGAAGGACUGGACAAUUCCGUUGAUCGUGACAGGAUAUCCACAUUACCCAGUGACACUAACUCUGAGGAAACACUCAUGGUUCCCAACCCAGAACAAGAAUCGGCGAGUACGGAAAAUUUGGUCAUUGCAGAAGACUUAGCAGAAGCGAAGGGGACGGAAGAAUCAAAUGAAGAGAAGUUGGGAAAUGUCUCAGAGCCGUGUGCCACUCCCCAAUACGACAUGGGAGGCGCAUGCGCCGCGCCACCGCGUACAAGGACGAGUACAAAAGAUGAUGCCAGAACUGUAGUUGACUUUGAAGACGAGAUGGAACUUUGGUUAUGGAUCAAUGAUAUCAUUGAUGAAUGCGAGGAGGAUGUUAGCGAGGAACAGGACUACACACAGCAGAUGACAGAGUUGUUCUGCGAGAUGUACGCAGCUGCAGAGCAAGAUGGCGACCAACAUAAAGAUGUCGCUCCGUUGGAAACAGGAAAAAAGAGAAGUGUGGACGACAUUCUUCACGAGAAACUGAAGAUCAACCGACAGGAGUUUAAUAGAGAGUGGUUACGCCGUGUGACCAUCCGCGCGUACGGUCAACACCUCCCUCGAGGGGUGGGCCCAUCAAAACUUGGACACUAUUUCUUCGAGGUCCUCCCCGAGCUGUUUUCUCGCAUCGCUUGGUUCGACGCCUCCUACACCCAAAUAGAGAUGAACAAUCCUGGUGAUUUCAAUACUAUCUCUUUGUUCAUUGUUCCUGGUGUCGAGUUUUGGGGACACAUUCCUCUCCCAUAUCCCUUGGAGACCAGGCUGAGUCUUGGGCAGCAGAAGUGCCGUCUUGAAGAACUGGCUCUCUGGACUGAGUACAAUCGCAAAGGUUUCGCCAAGACGUUCUUUUCCGUCGCAGACAAGUACAAGCUUCCAAAAUUCUGGAAAGCUCAAGUUGCCAACUUCGAUAAGGUUGUUCUGGUGGUGAGGGAGAGAAUUGCAGAGAUGAAGAAAGUCAAGAAGAAGGAUCUGAAGAAGUUGGCGCCACAGAAAACAUUUCAGCAGGUGUUUGAGGCUGCUUACGAGAGCCUCAGUAAGGCAUGCGAGAAACUACUGUGCCCUAAGUGCAACCGCCAAUUUAGAGAGGCGGUUGCUUUCGAGGCCUGUGGACAUGAGCUGUGUACCGGCUGUGUAGCCGACUGUCUCCGCUCCCAAGCUCCCUGUCCUGUCUGUCACACAACACUGAAGGGCACGCGCUUUCUACCGGUCUGGAGAUUCCAAUGGUACGACGAAGGAAUAAAACUAGGGGAAGGACAGAACCAGGAGACACCAGGCGGCUACCCAGAGUCAGAUUGUCCAACAAGAACGAUGGGUUUAGUGAAGACGGGUGGCGCAAAGGUUGUUGACGGCUCCCAGAAUGAUGCAGAGGGUCGACACAAAAAAGACACGGAAGUUGGCGACGACACCUGGGAAGAUGCCGAGGGUCAACAAGAAGUUGGCACGGAGAUUGUCAAAGGCUCCCCAAAAGAUUCCGACGGUGGCCACGAAGCUGACGCGAAGGUUGUCGACGACUCUCCGAAAGACUCGGAGAAUCAACACUCUACGGAAGACUCGGAGAAUCAACAUUCUACGAAAGACUCGGAGAAUCAACACGAUGAAGGCGCGGAGAUUGUGGACGACUCUCUGGAAGUCCCCGAAGGUCGACUAGAAGAUGAUCGAACCGAGAUUCCAGAGCAGGACAUCGGCGACAGCUUCCAGUCCUUGAGUGUGGAUGAUGACGGAAUAGAAGCACUGCCAACCGCAAAGUGUGGCUGAUAUCAUCGUUUAGCAUAUAUCUAUCAGCUAGGAUUCCUUUCUAUAUUAAAUGGAAUUAUGUUGAAAUUUUCACCCUCAA